GAACCCGUGUCGCUCGAGACCGACACCGAAAAUAGCCAGGUUCAGCAAGAGGCUCUGCUCCGGGCAUGGGUCGAGUUGUACCCCCACUCUGUUGAGGCUGCUCUUGCCAACCAAUCUGACAUGCUAGAAUUCGGAAACAAUCACUGCCUCUUCUUCGCUGCCGUCCUCUGGAAUCACAUCGCCCCUGUGCGCCUUCGCCCGUCUCCCACCGUCUGGCCGUUGUUGAACGGAGAGCCACUGCAGUCCCUGGCCCCGAGUGUGACCUUCGCAGAUGAUGGAGCAGUCAACAGCACACCACAGGCGAGUCAACCGGUCUUUCGUCUGCGCGUUCCAGGUGCUCAUAUGUCGUGUCAUGAUUUGCAGACCGCCACGGAGAAUGAAGCAGGAUCAGUAGUGGAGACUAUGCGAGUCUGGGACACCGUAGGCGUCGUCUACAUCACAUCAUCACUCCUCCCCAGCCAAGUGCACAUCGGCGUCGGUAUCCUUCCCGCCUUCCGCGGUAACGGUCUUGGGCGGCGCGCUUGCGAGAUCGCGCUCGGCUGGGCCGUCGACACACUCCAGAUGCACCGCGUGCAGGCGCGCAUCCUGCCCUCCCCCCACCAGCACCGCAGCCGGAGCUUGUUCGCUGCGCUCGGCCUCGUGCACGAGGGCGUGCACCGGCGCGCCGUGCUGAGCCCCUCGGGCGAGUGGGCCGACGUCGCGCACAUGGGCCUGCUCGACACGGACUGGCACAUCCGCUCGCGGCUGGUGGCGCAGCCGACGAGCCUCUGGGACGAGCUGCUCGGGCGCCACCAGCGCGAGGUCGAGGACAUGCUGCGCUUCGAGGAGCGCCAGCGCAGCGUGCGGCGCACGAGCAGCAUGGAGACGAUACGU